AUGUGGUUACGCAGUUUGAAAUCCCUCCCGUGUUUAGAACGUUUUACAAAAUUCUCAAGAUCGCCAUGGCUUCUCCAAGCCUGUUCUUAUUCAGAUGUUUCUUCCAAGAAAACAAAACUAGCACCAUUACAGGAGCGAAGAAUGAUAGACCAGUUCAGGUUAUGGGCUAAAGGAGGUGAUGGAGGCAAUGGUUGUUGCAGCUUUCGUCGUAGCCGUCAUGAUCGCCGCGGUAGACCUGAUGGUGGGAAUGGUGGAAGAGGUGGCGACGUGAUCCUAGAAUGCUCUGCAGCAGUUUGGGACUUCAGCUGUCUGCAACAUCAUAUUAAUGCAAGGAGAGGGGGAAAUGGGGCUUCAAAAAAUAUGAUAGGAAGCCGAGGAGCUGAUAAGGUUGUUCCGGUUCCUGUUGGUACUGUAAUUCAUCUUUUAGAAGGUGAAAUUCCUUCUUCAGUUGAGGAGAAAUCUUCUGGAUCCUUGGACCCCUGGGACAUUCCUGGUACACUUGAUUUUGAUUCGUGUGAUUAUUCUCAACAAUCUCCUUCUACAGACAGAAUCGUGAAGGUGGAGAAAAUAGACAGUACUAGUGAGGGCUUAGCUACUUCAUAUAAACCAAACGUCAAAGAAUCAGCUCGUACUUCACCAGUUGAAGUUUUUACUCAGUUCUCACCUUCCAAAGAUAAAUCCAGGACUCAACAUGAAGCUCAUGAUUUUACGAAGGAAAAAAGCUGUAGUGACUGGGAGGAUUGGGCCGGUAACAGUGAUGCAUCUGGACCAGAAUGUGAAGAAGAUGUGGAGGAGACAGAACUCGUACAAAUUAAUGUUGCGGAGUUAACAGAGCCUGGCCAACGAAUAAUUGUUGCCCGUGGAGGGAAUGGUGGCAUGGGCAAUGUGAGUUCUGCCAAAGGUACUAAGAUGAACAAGGAUAACAACUUCAAUGUUGAAGUUUCUGAUGACGAUGACUUUGCAUCACUUAAUAUUGGUUUGCCUGGUUCUGAAGCUGUCUUUCUGUUAGAACUGAAGAGUAUUGCCGAUGUUGGACUUGUAGGUAUGCCAAAUGCUGGUAAAAGUACUCUUCUUGGGGCUAUAUCUAGGGCUAAACCCACAGUAGGUCAUUAUGCCUUCACAACCUUACGGCCUAACUUGGGGAACUUAAAUUAUGAUGAUAUUUCGAUUACUGUGGCAGACAUUCCGGGGCUCAUACGAGGAGCUCAUGAUAAUCGUGGCCUUGGACAUGCUUUUUUGCGCCAUAUAGAACGCACUAAAGUUUUGGCUUAUGUGGUAGACUUAGCUGCGGCCGUAGAUGGUAGAAAAGGCAUUCCACCAUGGGAACAACUAAAAGAUUUGAUAUUGGAAUUAGAGUCCUAUCGUAAUGGUUUGUCCAAUCGACCAUCAUUAGUAGUGGCAAACAAAAUUGACGAGGUGGGGACUGAAGAAGUGUAUGAAGAAUUAAGACAAAGGGUGCCUGGUGUUCUUAUUUUUCCGAUUUGUGCUGUUCUCGAAGAAGGAAUACCAGAGUUAAAAGCUGGUUUGAAGAUGCUUGUCAAUGGAGAGGAGACAUCCAGAUUAAACUUAGACGGGAUCACACUCAGAACCAGUUCAUUUUUGUUAUUUUCAUCAAUGUAUCAGGAUGUCAGAAACUCAGACAAUCUCUGGCCUCUACAGUUAACCUCACCACUGCCUGGAUGUAGAGGUGGGUCCAUACACGACACAACUUGUGAUGGACCAGUAGGCCGUGCCGCCCUAAGCCUAGCUGGCCAGCACAUAUCGAUAUCUCUACUUGCAGAAGUCCCAGAAUUUCAUGAGGCUUAG